ACAGCAACACAGCAGGAGCCAAAGAGAUGCCCCUGUUAUUUAUGGACACCGGGUACGAGGAGUCCAACAGCCCAGACUCUCUGUCAGCUGAGGAGAGCUGCAGCUACGCCUCAGGACUGGAGAGGGACGGGGACGUCCAGCAGAGUGGACCCAGAGGCUCAAAGAGACAGGAGAAGAACCGAGUCGCAGCGAGGAAGAGCCGGCGGAAACAGACCGAGAGGGCGGAUGAACUUCACGAGGAGCUCCAGCGUCUAGAGCAAUCAAACUCCGCUCUGCAGAAGGAGAUUGCUGCAUUGAAGAAAGACCUCCACUUCUAUGAGACUUCCCUGGAGAGUCACAAACCUUACUGCCGCCUCAAGGACUCUGGCUCAUCCUCAAUCGACUCUAAACCCAGUCCCGGCCUUCAUCAGGCCAUGAAGUCCUCUUCGUCAUCACUUUCUACCUCCAUGAAGUCCACAAUGAGAUUUCAAACCUUAAGCUGUAUGAAACAGACUCAUCCUAAAUCUGCAGCUACAACAAAACCAACACGUGCCAUCUCCUCCUCACCUUCCUCCUCCUCCUCAUCAUCUGUACCAUAUUCAGACUCUUUCUCGACACAACCAGCGCCUCACUCCUUGUUUUGUGAACCGCCUCAAAUCCCGUUCACAAACGCCACGCCCAUCUGUUCCAGUCUCGUUUCAAAUCCUCAUCCCUCCUCCGCAACUCGGCUCCCGUCUGACGCCAUCCAUAAAAAUCCUCCGGCGUCGGAAACGUCUUGCUUCACCAGGGAAACAUUUUCAAUGAAGCUAGAUUCUUCUUUUCCUGCUUCGUCUAAAAUGCAGCCUCUCUUGUCCCAUCCGGGAACAGAGAACACGACCGUAGCAAAGCAGUUUGGUUCCAUUAACGUGCCCCAGAUUUAUUCGUGUCAGUUUGGCACUAACUUAACCAGUUUGCCGUCACGACCUCCUCCCCAGUACCCCGGUCCUCGGACUCUACCAGUUUCAACCCAGGCUAGUUUGAUCCCUUCUUCAGGCUCUCCUUACCAACACCACGCUUCAUCCAGUCCUGGGUCUCUGCUUUCGCUGCUCACCGUCCCCAGUCCUCUUACCGUCUCUCAAACUACCUCCAGCGGCUUUAACAGAAUCACAGCCCAACCAACUCAAUCGCUCCCACCUUUACCAGAUCCAUCCAAAGACUACUCUCUUUCUGAGCUUCUAGAAAUUAACGACUGGAUCCUGAGUGGGGUUAAUUAUCCAUAGCUUCAAAGAACAAGUAUUUACUUUA